CUGUGUGACACGACCUUUAAUUUUUGCAGGGUUUGGAGGAAACAAAAGAGCGUCGAAUUCUGUUUUAUUUAAAUCGCGCAUUUCGAAGGAAUGAGAUAAACUUUGAACUCUCGAAGCGCCAUCGACUAACUUCGUCUCCCAAAUUGAUAUAAUAAGGAAGCAUUUUGUGUUUCAUUAUUUUUGAGAAUUCUCUACGAUUUUAAAUGGCGUAUCUAACCUCGUUACGUAUAAGGAUGCAGAUGCGAUGACCAAUGUUUUUCGCUUUCGCGGUGAAGGUAUUAACAGUGCGAACAGUAAUAAUGGAUAGUCUGUUUACCCAAAAUGUUUCUGAGGAGGCAGAGGAUAUACCGCCAACAGAUGAACCUGUUUGGAUUCUUGGCAAAAAAUACAAUGCUUUAAAAGAGCUCGAAGUGAUACGUAGAGACAUCAGAUCCAAGUUAUGGUUUACUUAUCGCAAAGGUUUUAUUCCCAUUGGUGGUUGCAGUUCCACAUUUACAUCUGACAAAGGUUGGGGUUGUAUGUUGAGAUGCGGGCAAAUGGUUCUUGCCCAAGCUCUAAUUACAUUACAUUUAGGUAAAGAUUGGCAAUGGAUGCCAGAAACAAAGAACAGUACAUAUCUGAAAAUUUUAAGUCGUUUUGAAGACAAAAGAGCUGCCGCAUUUUCUAUUCAUCAAAUUGCAUUAAUGGGUGCGUCCGAAGGGAAGGAAGUUGGACAAUGGUUUGGUCCUAACACCAUUGCACAAGUAUUAAAAAAAUUAGUCGUAUAUGAUGAAUGGAGCUCCAUUACCAUACAUGUUGCACUAGACAAUACAUUAAUAAUUAAUGAUAUUUUGAAACAGUGUAGAGUAGAAGGUGGAACGACGGCGGAAAUAGAUGGAGAAACGCCUUUAAAGGCACCUAGCCAAUGGAAACCUUUAUUAUUGCUAAUCCCACUGCGCCUUGGACUGAACGAGAUUAAUCCUAUAUACAUUAAUGGACUUAAGACAUCAUUUAAGUUUACGCAAUCUUUGGGAGUGAUUGGAGGGAAACCUAAUCUUGCUUUAUACUUUAUAGGUUGUGUAGGAGAUGAAGUGAUUUAUUUGGAUCCUCAUACUACACAGAAAUCAGGUAGUGUCGAAAGAAAGAUGAAUGAAGAAGAAAGUGAAAUGGAUACCACAUAUCAUUGCAAAUCAGCUAGUCGUAUUCCUAUUACAGGCAUGGAUCCUUCUGUGGCACUAUGUUUUUUCUGUGCUACAGAGAAGGAAUUUAAAUCUUUAUGUAAAUCAAUGCAAGAAGAAUUAAUUUUACUCGAGAAGCAACCGUUGUUUGAACUGUGCAGAGAGCGUUUGACACAAUGGCCACCAGCAGAUGUUGCUUCUGAAGCGAUAGCAGCUUCUAGUUUUGUGGACUUUGAGCAUGUUGAACGUCAGUAUGACACAUCCGAUGAAGAUUUUGAACUGCUUGGUUGACGUUCACCUAAACUAUCUUAUAAUAUUGCGAUGACAAAAUGUGAGAUAACAGUUGAUUAUUACAUGUAAUAUAUAACGAUAGUAUUUUUUUAGAAUCAAUUUGUAUUUUUAACUAGCGUGAUGUGAAAUUUCAAUUUCACGCGGGUGUAUAUAGUGUCCUGAACCUACUUGCUGCAUCAUCUGCCAAUAACAAAUUCUUUAAGUCAUUUUGGAGACGAAAAAUCUUACAGCAAAUUCGAUCACAUCGGCAUUUCACUAGCGCAUACUAAAAAUACUGUUUUACAUGAAGUAUCUAAAUAUAAAUAUCUAAAUAAAUAAUACAAAACAUCUUAAUGAGAUAUGCUCUACUAAAUAAAUAAUAUGACAAUAUA